CACCACAGUCCUCAAUUUUCCAAACCGCGUAGGUCAUCAUUUUAGCAAAUGAUCUCUGCACGUCUCUAAACGCCACACAGCAGGUAUCGAGCUUCACGUCAACGCAGUUAAAGCUUUCAGGAUGUUUCAAGCUUCCAGAGGUGCCAGCUUCGCACAAAUGCUCAUGAAGAAUAUACCUGAGACAUCAAGACAGACUGAACCAUCCAAACCUGCCGCAACGUCAAAUCAACCAAGCAAAUAUACUUCUUACGAACAAGGGAAGGGUUCGUAUAAAAAUGGUUAUGCCAAACCAACAGCUUCACCUAAAACACUGAUUGAAAUAUACAAGAAAGGUGAGACAAACGCCAUCUCUUUGAUCCAUCAGCUUGCCCAGGUUUUGCAGUUCCACUUGGAGAUGAAGGAGACAGUGACUCCAGGCAAUUUACCAGGGCUUUAUUUUGCCUUUUGCGUGGUGAUUGAUGGGUUUGAGUACAAGACUGGUGUUGGAAUAACAAAGAAGGAGGCUCGACUGAAAGCGGCACAGCUCGCUCUGCCGGACCUGCUGCCCACCUUGGAUUGUCUGAAGUCUGACUUCCCUGAAACAGCAGAUGUCCCUCCACCACUGCCAGUAAAAGAGGAGCACUCCAUCUCUGACCUUUAUCCUUGUAAAGCCGAUCAUGAAAGAACAAGUCCUUUAAACCACCGGAUUCCCAACGCUGUCAAGGAUCAGCUCACUAAACUGAUGAACAGCCACCCAGAGUUCACUGCCUGCGCUGGCACCACAGCAGCGUUCAUCAUGCAGACUUCCGGCGGAUAUGAUGUGGUCGCUCUAGGCACUGGAAACUUUAAUACCAAAGAGAGUACCUCGUUGAGUGGACGUGUUGUGCAUGAUUCACAUGCAGUGGUUACUGCAAGGAGAUCUCUUAUGAGGUUUCUGUACCGGCACCUGCUGAUGUUCUUCAGCAAAACGGCCAAUCUGACGGAGAAGUCGAUCUUCCAGCGGAGCAGCAGUAGCGGCCUCCUCACCCUGAAGAGCGGCAUCAGCCUCCACCUCUACGUGAACCAGCUGCCAAAGGGAGCCGCUCAGAUCCCGUCCAAACUGCGUCUGAACCCACUCUCUAUUUCGGCGUGGCAAGUCAACAACGAGAUCAGCCUACACCUGUCAGUGGAGGGGAAGGUGUUCUCUGUUUUCUCGUCAGCUUUUGAUCACUCUGACUCCAAAGUGGUUAGCAUGUCCACCACAGACAAGCUCACUCAGUGGCAGGUGCUAGGAUACCAGGGAGCCCUGCUCAGCCACUUCAUUGAGCCCGUCUAUGUGCAAAGCAUCCUUAUAGGUGACGCUUGCUGCACUGACAUCCGUGGCAUGAAGAUCUCUGUGAGCCAGCGUGUGGAGGGGGUCACCUCCCUGCUGCCCAUGUUCUACUGCAUGAUGAGACCCCACAUCAGCCUGGUGCCCUCUGUGGCCACCAACAGCACCGACAGAAGGCAGUUCACCUACGGUAUCAACUGGAGCGAAGGAGACAGCUCCCUGGAGGUGGUGGAUGGCCUGGAGGGCAAGACCAUAGAGGAGUCUCCCUUCAAGAGUGGCACCGCUCUUGCUAGCCGCCUGUGCAAAGCGGCGAUGUCGCACCGCUUCAAGUUGGUGGCCAAAGAGGCCCAGAGGCCGGAGCUGCUGGCAGCGAGCUCCUACAGCAAGGCCAAGAGGAUGGCCAAGGCGUACCAGGAGGCGAAGAACGUGCUGAAGGCGUACCUGCUGCAGCAAGGCUACGGUGCCUGGCCGGUCAAGGUGUCUGUGAGUGAUAACUUCAGCAUGUGAAGAUAAACACAUUAUCUCGAGAGAACAAAACCUGUGUUGAAGAAAUAAUGUUCACGUUGCUGUGGGACUUUACUGUAAUGCUAAAGUGAUUUCUAAAGGGAUUAAAGUCAAUCACUGUUAAUGUUGAAGAGCUAUUUUGGGUUAGUUGAAUUCGUCUUUGGUGUUUUACCUUCAGAUUUAGUUGUGAUUUUCACAAAAGGAAUACGAAUGCUUUAAAUGUGUCACGUAGCCAUUAGUAGAGGCAAACCAAUUGUUACAGCCCUAACGCUUUUAUCGGGGAAAUAGUUUUGCUUCCUUAUGUGCAUGCUGAGAAGUGAUUUGUAUUGUUUUACUGUUUAAAAACAACAUUUUGCCAAUGUGUUGGAAAUGUGCACGACGUUCAAUAUUACUUUCUGUAUCAAGAUUUUACUUGAAUUGUCCUUAAGUAUGAUGAGUAAGUUAUGGUUGUUGCAUAAACAUUUAAAGUUUGUCUCCACUCAAAUGACUGUUUUGUGAGAACAACCUCUUUUUGACUUAUUCCUUGCUGCUGAACAGUAUGGUGCCGAAGUGAGCCAUGGCUAAUGCUCAACGAUGGAACAACUAAAUAAAACCAAACCAUAGCUCAAA